UUCUAGACCUGGAAGGCCUCCUAAGAGGACUCAAAGUGUCACCUCCCCAGAGAAUUCUCAUAUCAUGCCACAUUCUGUCCCUGGCCUAAUGUCUCCUGGAAUCAUCCCGCCAACAGGCCUGACAGCAGCAGCUGCAGCGGCAGGGAACCCCGCCAUAGCAGAAGCAAUGAAAGUGAAAAAAAUUAAAUUGGAAGCUAUGUCCAACUACCAUGCAAAUAAUAACCAGCAUGGAGCUGACUCUGAAAAUGGAGAUCUGAAUUCAAGUGUCGGGAGCAGUGAUGGUUCUUGGGAUAAAGAAAAGCUUCAAUCUCCCCCAACCCAAGGAUCACAGGCCUCUGUUAACCACCCCAACUUGCCUGGACAGCAUAAUGUUCCCGUUAGCCAUCCUCUCAACCCUCUUCAACAGAACCACCUUCUGCCAAAUGGAUUGGAACUUCCUUUUAUGAUGAUGCCCCACCCAUUAAUUCCCGUGAGCCUACCUCCAGCAUCUGUCACGAUGGCAAUGAGCCAGAUGAAUCACCUUAGUACCAUCGCCAACAUGGCAGCAGCAGCACAAGUGCAGAGUCCUCCAUCCAGAGUUGAGACAUCUGUUAUUAAGGAACGUGUUCCAGACAGCCCUUCUCCUGCUCCUUCCCUUGAAGAGGGCCGAAGACCUGGCAGCCAUCCAUCCUCUCAUCGAAGCAGCAGUGUGUCCAGCUCUCCUGCACGGACCGAGAGCUCUUCAGACAGAAUCCCUGUCCAUCAGAACGGGCUAUCUAUGAACCAAAUGCUGAUGGGUUUGUCACCUAAUGUCCUGCCUGGACCUAAGGAGGGUGAUCUGGCUGGUCAUGAUGUGGGACAUGAGACAAAAAGAAUACACAUUGAGAAAGAUGAGACCCCGCUCUCCACACCAACCGCAAGAGACAGCCUUGACAAACUUUCUCUAACUGGGCAUGGGCAACCACUACCUCCGGGUUUUCCAUCUCCUUUUCUAUUCCCUGAUGGAUUGUCCUCCAUAGAGACCCUCCUGACUAACAUCCAGGGUCUACUAAAGGUUGCUAUAGACAAUGCCAGAGCUCAAGAGAAACAGGUCCAACUGGAAAAGACAGAGCUGAAGAUGGAGCUCUUCAGGGAACGAGAACUGAGGGAAACACUUGAAAAACAGUUGGCUGUGGAGCAGAAGAACAGAGCAAUAAUUCAGAAAAGGCUAAAGAAGGAAAAGAAGGCAAAGAGGAAAUUGCAGGAAGCACUUGAGUUUGAGACUAAACGACGGGAGCAAGCAGAACAGACACUGAAACAGGCAGCUUCAACAGAUAGUCUCAGGGUCCUAAAUGACUCUCUGACCCCAGAGAUAGAAGCUGACCGCAGCGGGGGCAGAACAGAUGCUGAAAGGACAAUACAAGAUGGAAGACUUUAUUUGAAAACUACUGUCAUGUAUUGA